AUGCACGCAUGGCGUUCGCUAUCUCGUAGCAUUUUAGUGUUUACAAAUGUGCUUUUCCUGCUACUUGGAUCAGUGCUUGUAUCUAUUGGAGGUUACAUGGCGUCAUUACCGGCACUUACAGAGUUUUCAGACGGUGGCGUCGCCUCUUCUGUCAUCACGUGUGGCUCACUGAUCAUUGUGAUGGCGUUGCUGGGCUGCUGUGGGGCCCAAUGGGAGAGCAAAGUUUUUUUGUUCCCUUAUGCCAUCUUAGUACUAGUCUCGGUCGUCGCACAACUGUCACUGGCUGGUUUCCUGACCCAUGUGCACAGUUCAUUGGUGGAAGUGGCCAAACAUAACUUUGACCUGUCGGUGCUAGCACCAGCGGAUCAGGAAACGCUGCACUGGAUCAACCGAAGAUUCAAGUACGUUUACUACGGCUGUGGCGUUGACGUGGACAUCGACCUGACGGGGACACACAGUCGACCGCUCAUUGCUUCAUGCUCCAAUCCGGAAUUUACCUGGUUUGCGGCAUUUGUCGAGGAAAAUUGUCCCAUUGGACACAAGCAGCUACAGACUGGUAGCAACUUCCUUAAGUGUGCUGGACCGAGUUUUUCGCUAAGCAAUGCCAUGACAGAACACACAUUGCUGUGUGCGUGCGAAACACGUAUGAUCUCGUGGGUGAACGACCAGUCUCUGCUUGUGGCUGUUUUCGUCUUUGUCAUUGUGACGCUGGAGAUCAUGCUCGUGGCUUUGUCGUGCUACAUUAUGCACUCGCGCCGCUACCGUCGCUAUGGGUACCAGGAGAUCACGAUGCCCGUGCGGCAGCAGCCGUAUAACCCACACCCGCGGAACUAUUUUGGCCAGCAGGCAGGGCAAAGUCAACCGCUCAACUUUCACCCAACAUACUCCUCGUACGGGCCGACAGGGGGAGAAAAUCCUUAUGCUGCCGCCGCCACGGGUGGCAAGGCCAAAAAAUCUACCCAAUACGUGUAG